AUGCUUAUGUAUACACGUAAGGAUCUCAUCACUGAUCCAUACAACCCGGAAGACAUCAUCAUACAAGACGAUCAGUUUCCACCUGAGUUCGCCGAGAACUCUCAGCAUUCGCCUCUCCGCCCUCUUCCGCUCCUUCCUCACCCACCUUUUCCUCGCCAACCUUCUCCAACCCCUACCCACCCACCUCGGUGGACAAUCAGCUCUUACGGGGCUCCUUCGAUGACACCCGCGUCUUCCUACAACCCAUCCAUGGACGUUCAGAGCUCUGCUUCACCCUCAUCACAAUAUCUCGGCCAAUACCCGCAAUACUAUACCCCAAUGUUGACCCAACAACCCGUGGCUCCCAACCAAGCUUGGGACAAUAACUUGCAACUUCUGAGCCCCGCUCGCAUUCCGUUCCCCUCCAAGGCCUCACCAUCCGGCUCAUCACAUCGUCGCUCAGACAGCUCCAACAAGCCUCUGCCUACCCCAGUGCAGACCCCCGUCCAGAACUCAUUCCUGGCCGCACCCUUCCAGAACUACGACCCGUCUCAGGACGCCAGCAGUGUGGAGGCGGAGUCAGCCAUGAGAAGGGCUAUCAUGGACCAAACGAAACAAUCGCCCCAACAGCAACAACAGAACGAGCACUCGCACUCUCUUGCUCCUUCGGUUUCUACGUUGAGCCACAAUUCGCCAGUCACCCCCCAGACUAGCUUGGACGAGAUUGACGAUCUGUCCAAGAUGACGAAUGGUGAGACCCAGCGCUUUAAUCCAACUUGGUGGAUGGACGAGUACUUACCCAGCGACGUGUCUUCAGAAUAUGCCAACGGCAAUGGAAAUGGAAUGGGCAUUGGAGUCCCUAAGCUCGAUCGUACUAUCUCAGAUAUCUAUCAGGAUGAACUGUUUAACCCGACUGUGAUGGCUGCUCCACAGAUGUCAAAGCCCAUGAGUCAAAACCUCAUGGUUCCCCGCAACAUGAUGGCCGAUCGCAUCCAAGCCGCCAGCCAGGGACACCUCUCUGCUCGGUCUCAGUCGCCAGUAUCCGGUCUCAAGCGCGAACGAUCCCCAUUUCGCCAAAGCUCCGAGUACGCGAACUUCCAUCCGCACAUGGCUACCAGUGUUCCGAUGGCACAGAAUGGUAUGAAUGCGGCAUCCUCCAACCAGUCCGACUUGAAGACCAUGUCUCCCAAGGACGCCUCCGACUUCAACCUCGGGGAUGUUCUCGGCCUUCGCCGAGACAGCGGCACAAUGCGCCAGGCGCAGCCUAUGGCUACGAUGGACACCUUCCCUUCUCACUACGCUCCGGUCUCGCAGGCUCCUUACGGAUUGGCUCAGCAACUCCAGCGAUCGCAGCAGAGCUACUUGCAGCAGCCCGAUGUUCUCUCUGGAAUGCCCUCUAACGAGGUACGCGCUUCAGUGGAGGUGUCACCACGUCUGCAGGCGGAGACUCCCACUCUCUCGCGUCCCAGAAACACUUCUUCAGAUACCGGUACCUACACCUGCACCUACCAUGGCUGCACUCAUCGUUUCGAGUCUCCAUCGAAGCUCCAGCGCCACAAGCGGGAGGCUCAUCGCCAGACAUCGCCCGGGGGUCACUUGGUUGCCCGCGAUACUUCAAUGCGCAAUUCCCAGGCCGGCCCGCACCGAUGCGAGCGUAUCAACCCGUCUACUGGCAAGCCUUGCAACUCGAUCUUCUCCCGCCCUUACGAUUUGACCCGUCAUGAAGAUACUAUCCACAAUGCGCGCAAGCAAAAGGUGCGGUGUCAUCUCUGUACCGAGGAGAAGACGUUUAGCCGCAACGACGCCCUUACCCGACACAUGCGUGUUGUGCACCCCGAAGUGGACUGGCCUGGCAAGCAGCGUCGCCGGGGAAGAGACUAA